AUGGAGGUGGGGACCCUGGUCCGGAUCCCCGACGCGCCAACGGCCGCCCCCGAUCAAGCUGGCCUGUACCAGAUACCCGUGAGUAUAAAGGGGGGUACUUAUCAGGCUUUGGUGGAUUCGGGUUGUAACCAGACCUCUAUUCAUCAAAGCCUGAUUCGAUCCGGGGCAUUGGAUAAAAGCCGCGUGGUUAGGGUUCGGUGUGUGCACGGGGUGGUGGAGAGUUAUCCCUUAAUGUCCGUCGCGGUUCUAUUUCGGGGACAAAAACAUAGUGUGGAGGUGGCAGUUAACCCGCGCCUCCAGCAUCCGCUGAUUUUGGGAACUGAUUGGCCAGGUUUUGCGAAACUAUUGGGGAUUUUAUGUGCGGAUGCCUCUUGGGAAACGAAGCAGCGGGGGAAGACAGCGGUGGUGCAGGUGGGGGAUGCUGUACCGGGACCUCUGGGUGCUGCUGCAGGGGAAGAGAGAGCUUUAGAGAGAAAUCUCCUCUCUGAGCGCGAUGAUUUUCCCCUGGAGCAGUCCCAGGAUGAAACGCUCAAACAUGCGUUUGGUUCGGUCCGUUCCAUCGACGGACAGCUACUCCACCCGGACCAACCGCUCUCGUACCCCUAUUUUUGCGUGAUUAAAGAUCGGUUGUAUCGGGUGACCCAAGACGCCCAGACAAAGGAAGAUACAACCCAGUUGUUAGUGCCAAGGAGCCGCCGGGAAAUGCUUUUCCAGGCGGCUCAUUGUAAUCCGAUGGCCGGACAUUUAGGGCAACGGGCGACACUAAACCGUCUCAUGGCCCGAUUCUUCUGGCCGGGCAUUCACGAGAAUGUGCGCAGGUGGUGCGCGUCUUGUCGUGAAUGCCAGUUGGUGAAUCCACCGGCCAAUCCAAAAGCACCCUUGUGCCCCCUUCCACUGAUGCAGGUCCCCUUGAAACGAAUUGGUAUGGACCUCGUCGGGCCAUUAGAACGGUCAGCACGAGGGCAUCGUUUUGCGUUAGUCUUGGUGGAUUACGCAACACGAUAUCCGGAGGCAGUUCCGCUCCGCAACAUCUCGGCUAAGAGUGUGGCAAGCGCGCUGUUCUCAUUAAUCUCCCGGGUGGGGAUCCCUAAGGAGAUCCUCACCGAUCAAGGCACGGCGUUUAUGUCACGGACGGUUCGCGAACUGUAUGAAUUACUGGGCAUUAAAUCGAUUCGUACCAGCGUCUAUCACCCACAAACGGAUGGUCUGGUCGAACGUUUUAAUCGCACGUUAAAAACCAUGAUUCGUAAGUUCGUUCACGAAGACGCCAAAAAUUGGGACAAGUGGCUGGAACCCCUAUUGUUUGCUGUACGCGAGGUCCCCCAAGCCUCCACGGGGUUUUCCCCCUUCGAGCUUCUCUUCGGUCGUCAGCCUCGUGGGGUGUUAGACGUGCUGAGGGAGACUUGGGAGGACGGACCGUCUGCUAGUAAGAACGAAAUUCAGUAUGUCCUGGACCUGAGAACAAAACUCCACACCCUGGGGCGGCUAUCAUUGGAGAAUUUGUUACAGGCUCAGAACAGACAGAAACAGCAGUACAAUAGGGGGGCUAGACUCCGACAAUUUUCACCGGGAUAUAAAGUGCUUGUAUUACUCCCCACGUCCAGCUCGAAAUUACUUGCAAAGUGGCAAGGGCCCUUUGAGGUCACACGGCGAGUCGGGGAUCUCAACUAUGAGGUAAUUCGAACAGACAGGGGCGGGGGGCGUCAGACGUACCACCUCAACCUACUAAAAAAGUGGGUUGAGGCGGAGGCAGUGAUGCUGGCGACGGUGGUGAGUGGGGAGGAGGACCUCGGGCCAGAGGCGAGGGUUAAAUCUCAGUCCUUCUCUCUGGCUCCAUCUGGUGACCAUCUCUCGCCCUCACAGCUCACUGAUAUUAAAAGGGUACAAGCGGAGUUUUCUGACGUGUUCUCGCCCCUGCCUGGUCGAACGAAUCUCAUUCAGCACCACGUUGAGACAGAUCCGGGGGUCGUUGUGCGUUGCCGUCCGUAUCGAUUACCUGAACACAAGAAGAAAACGGUUCAGGCCGAAUUAGAAACCAUGCUGGACAUGGGGGUAAUAGAAGAGUCCAACAGUGACUGGGCCAGCCCGAUAGUUUUAGUUCCAAAACCUGACGGCUCGGUUCGAUUCUGUGUGGACUAUAGAAAGGUGAACGCGGUGUCCAAAUUCGAUGCUUAUCCAAUGCCGAGGAUUGACGAAUUGCUUGAUCGGCUUGGCUCUGCUCGCUUUUAUUCGACGCUGGACUUAACAAAGGGGUAUUGGCAGAUCCCCUUAUCUCCAAUGUCCAAAGAAAAGACAGCUUUUACCACGCCGUUCGGGUUACACCAAUUCGUCACGCUUCCGUUCGGGUUGUUCGGGGCACCGGCGACUUUUCAGCGUUUGAUGGACAGAAUCCUCCGGCCGCAUGCUGCGUAUGCCGCGGCGUAUCUGGAUGACAUUAUCAUCUAUAGCAAUGAUUGGCAGCGGCAUAUGCAGUAUUUGCGUGCUGUCCUGAAAACGCUGAGAAGGGCCGGGCUCACGGCGAACCCGAAGAAGUGUGCAAUUGGGCGGGUAGAAGUAAGGUAUCUGGGCUUCCACUUGGGUCACGGGCAGGUGCGUCCCCAAAUUGAUAAGACAGCAGCGGUUGCAACCUGUCCGAGUCCUAAGACCAAAAAGGAGGUUAGACAGUUCCUGGGGCUAGCGGGAUACUAUAGACGAUUUGUGCCUAAUUAUUCGGACCUCGCUAGCCCGCUGACUGAUCUGACUAAAAAGGGCGCUCCAGAUACGGUCCAGUGGACGGAGCAGUGCCAGCAGGCUUUUACCCAGAUAAAGGCUGCUCUGUGCGGGGGACCGCUUUUACAUGCUCCUGACUUUUCUCUCCCUUUUAUCCUGCAGACAGAUGCGUCGGACAAGGGCUUGGGCGCGGUCCUGUCCCAGGAGGUGGAGGGGGAGGAACGGCCGGUGCUGUACAUCAGUCGGAAGCUCUCUAAGAGAGAGACGAUGUACAGCACCAUUGAGAAGGAGUGUUUGGCCAUCCGCUGGGCUGUCCUCACCCUCCGCUACUACCUCCUGGGACGGGAGUUCACCCUGUGUUCGGACCACGCUCCCUUGCAGUGGCUCCACCGCAUGAAAGAUACCAACGCGCGGAUCACCCGUUGGUAUCUGGCGUUACAACCUUUUAAGUUUCAGGUGGUCCACAGGCCUGAGUCGGGCGGUGGGGUGAUUGGUGUGGAGAGACGGUUAAAGCCAGCACAGUGGGAGAAGAACGGGAAGAGAGAAAGGACUGGGACUUGUGCAGCGAUCGAGCGGAAAGAGUGCUGGAGAAAGCAACGAGAGCUGAAUCAGCGUGGAAAGAGUUUGAUUGAAGUUGUGCUGUGCUGUAGAGAAACUACGCCCAGAUCCGGUCCACAUCUGGCACUUGAGGCAUGCAGUGGGCCGGAUCUGGGCCGAAACAAUGUUGCUAUGUGGGAUAUUAUGAAGAGAAAGUUGAGAGACGCAAGACCCAACACUCUGGAUGAGCUUAAGGCCGCUAUCGAAGCAUCCUGGGCAUCCAUAACACCUAAGCACUGUGCUUUUUCAGACCAAGACCAUACUGAUGAGGAGGACGAGCCAACUGUGGGAAGCAUCAGAGGAUCACCCUUUUUAUUCAUGUUAACCGGCCACACCAAGUUUGCUCCUGACUCUAUGUUUGGCCUGUUCAAGCGCAAGUACAGGAAUUCAAAAGUUGACUGCUUGGCUGACAUUGAGAAUGUUGUGUGCAAGGCCCUCAACUGUGUGGAAGACAAAUGGCUUGGGAAUAAAGAGGGGGAAAGGAGCUGUAAACCUGACAAGGGUGCUUAUGAGAAGAACUGUCAUCCCAGGAAAUUUAAAUCAAGCAACAUGGAUUCACCUGAAAACACAGAGAAUUGUGUAAAAGGAAACAGCCUCCGUGAUCAGUUGACUGACGUUUUUGAACCAAAUGAUCCAAUAAAGAGAGAGAACGUCAGUUCAAAUCAAGAAAAUAUUAAAAGUGAAGAAAUACAGCUCCUGUUUCACAGACUUCAUCUUCACAGAAACAAACUGAGAGCUGAAGACGUUCUUCAGAUAACUAAACAUUCAUUACAGUCCCAAGAGUCUUGUGCUGAAGAGGAGCUGAGUCAGACUUUCAUACAAAAACUACUGAUGAUGGACUACAGAGUAAGAUAUAUUCAUGUUAAUAAGGCCAAUGAACAGAAUCAAACACAACAAAGAGACACUGAUGUAUCUAAAGACAUUGGUGAUAUAUUCCAAGUGUCAGUGUCUAACACUGGACCCAGUCAAUCUGAUGACAUUCACCCGAUGGAUGUUCAGAUGGCCGUGUUUUAUUGUGCUGAUGGUUUCCUGAAGCAGCUGAUGGUCACUAAACUGUCCCAGUGUCAGUACGCUCUGCCUCUGCUUGUUCCUGAUCCAGACAAACAACAGAUUGAGUUUCCUCUCUGGACAUUCAGACAAAUCAACAAGAGCUGGAAGAUGAAGAACACCAACAAUGAAAUCAUCAGUCAAACCCAGCCGAUCUACAAGGUACAAACUCCAGUGGUGUGUUUCUUCAGGUUUGGCUCUGUGUCUUCAUCCAAGUCUCAUCUGAUGAACAGUCUGAUCAAUGAGAAACACAACACGUUCUUCCACAGGAACUGUCCAGGCAGCAGCAGAACCAGAGUCCUGAUGGAUGGAGUGGUGGAGAUCGCCUGGUUCUGCCCCUCUGGGUCAUAUGAUGAUAAAUUCACGGACUGUGUUGCGUUCUGUAAUCUACACGGAGAUGCAGGAGAUCAUGAGAAACAGCUGCAGAUCCUCACUGAAAUGGCCUCAGUCAAUGUUGUUCUUCUACCACAACUGGACAGGCAUGACAUACAUGCAGAAAAGAUCCAGAACCUGUUCAAAAUCACAACACCGCUUAUUUGUCUUAUUACGGAGGAUGAUUCUACUUUAAUGAAGAUGAAGAAAGGGAAAUUCAAGAUUAGUCUGAAAGACAGAAAUCAGUCAGAUGUUUCUGAAGAACUCAGAAGAGCCAUAAAUGAGUGUCUCUCAGAAUCAUCUUCCACUUUCAGCCUUGAAGAUUUGUCCAAACACUCAGACAUCAGAGUAGAUGAGGAAGAAGACUGCAGGAGAGGAAGAGAAGCAGCACAGCAGAUGAUGAGUUUACUGGAGAAUAAAGAUCUGACAGAAAUUAAAGACUCAUUUCUGCCUCAUCAGGGGAAACUGUGGCAUCAGUGGAGUCAGAAGAACAAAGAACUACAUCGACCUGAAGGACAUAAUACAGAAAUGAAAACAAGUGAAAAAAAAACAGAAAUGAAGAAGAUACGUGAACAACAGUAUGAAUGUGACACCGGUGAGUUUAUGAUGCACUUUAUUAAAAAAAAUAUAUCACAUCAGGAAAGAGAAGGGAUGUUUUUUCUUAAAUGGCUCAGAGUCUUGCUGGAUGAACACACAUCAGCUGACCUUUCUGAUCUACAUCAUAAAUAUGAUGAAACAUGGUCAUCAGUUGUAAAACUGAAAGAGGAUCAUGCUAAACCUGAAAAACUGAAAGCUGAACAAGCAGAACUUGAGAGAACAUCCGAGGAUCUUCAAUCUGCAGGCUUUGGUCUGGAGCACAUCAUGAGGGAGAUCGGUCAGAUCUAUGAAUCAUGUUCAUCUGUGAAGAAGAACAAGAAAGAUCUGCAGGUUCACUUCUCUUCUCUCCCGAGUCUUGCAGCAGAGAUGAUGAUCUCUGGAUUUCCACUGGAGCUGAUGGAUGGAGAUGCUGCUCAUGUUCCUCUCGUCUGGAUCUCUGCUGUUAUAGAUGAACUCAUCCAGAAACUGGGAGACCAGAAAGUCUUUGUGCUGUCAGUUUUAGGGCUUCAGAGCUCUGGGAAAUCCACAAUGCUGAACGCCAUGUUUGGACUCCAGUUUGCCGUCAGUGCUGGCAGGUGCACCAGAGGAGCUUUCAUGCAGCUGAUCAAAGUCUCAGACGAGAUGAAGACACAGAUGAACUUUGACUAUAUUCUGGUUGUUGAUACUGAGGGUCUUCGUGCUCUAGAACUGACUGGAAGAUCAACAAGACAUCAUGACAAUGAACUGGCCACAUUUGUUGUUGGUCUUGGAAAUCUGACCUUGAUCAACAUCUCUGGAGAAAACCCAUCUGAGAUGCAGGACAUUCUUCAAAUCGUUGUUCAGGCCUUUCUGAGGAUGAAGAAGGUAAAUCUGUCUCCCAGCUGUGUGUUUGUGCAUCAGAACGUCUCAGACGUCACAGCUGGAGAGAAAAACAUGGAUGGAAGGAGACGACUGCUGGAGAAACUGGAUGAGAUGACAAAACUCACUGCUAAAGAGGAAGUCUGUGAUGAAGAAUGUUUCAGAGAUGUCAUUAGAUUUGAUGUACAGAAUGAUGUGAAGUAUUUUGCUCAGCUCUGGGAAGGAAGCCCACCAAUGGCACCAUUAAACCCAAAGUACUGCGAGAACAUUCAAGAACUAAAAGAAUAUAUUCAAACAAAUGCAUCAAAGUCACAUGAACUGAUGCUGACACACUUAAAAGACCGUAUUAAAGAUCUCUGGGAGGCUUUACUGAAUGAACGGUUCGUCUUCAGCUUCAGAAAUUCUCUGGAGAUUUCAGCCUACAGGAAACUGGAGACCGAAUACAGCAAGUGGACCUGGAGUCUUCGCAGUGCCAUGAUAGAAACUGAGAACAAACUACACAACAAAAUAGAAAAUGAAACAAUUCAUGAGGUUGAGGAAACUGAUCUUCAAAGAGAACUGAAGAAGACAAGAGAAGAAGUGGAGAAAUCAAUGUCUGAAUUCUUUGAGAAAGACAGAGAUAAAGAUAUACUGAUUCACUGGAAAACAUCAUUUGAAAUCAAAAUCAAUGAUCUUCAGGAAAACAUUUUAAAAGAAACCAAGAGGAAAUUAAAUGAGGUUCUUCAGCAGCGAGACUUGAAGAAAAAGAUUGAUGCUCAGAGGACACAUCAAGAAAACACUCUCUAUGAAAAGAGCAAAGAACUUGCCUUAAAACUCAAAGACAAAGCUAAUGAUGAAGAAACACUGAAGAAAGAGUUUGAUUUGUUUUGGAAACAGUGUGUGAAUAAUAUCAAGUCAGAUACUCCUGAAAUCAAAGAAAUUGAUAUAAUGACAGAUAUGAGAGAGAUCCUCAGUGACAUCAAUAAAAGUGUUUCUUUAGACCACUGGGAUGAUGGCAAAGAUAUUUUCUCUGUGCCCAGUUUUUCUGAUUAUGUAAAGGUAAAAAAAUCAAGUGGAUUUUUUACAAAUGUUUACAGAUCAGCUGAGAAGUUUGUUUGGGGUUCUCCAACUAAAGAGGAUGAAGUCCAAAUAAGAGCAUUAAUCACAGACAUUGAUCUGCAUACAGACACAGAGAUUCAAUCAUUUAACAUUUCAAAGAUGGGCUACAACAAGAGCUGCAUUCAACAACUCACAGGUUACAUCAAGGCAAGAAUAGUACAACAUGUGGAAGGAUCAGUGAGAUAUGAGUUCAAGAGGCAAUUCUUCAUGGAUUUGGUUUUUUCCAUCUUCAAGAGAGCAAACAAGACGAUCACUGACCAACACAGACUAUUCAGGGAAGCCAGUGAUCCUGUAAUAUAUCUUGAGAAGAAGAGAGAAGAGUACUAUAGUAUUUUCCAGAAAUACUGUCAUGGAUCAACAUCAGCAGCUAUUUUUGGAGAGAUCAUCUGUCAGAAACUGAAAGAGCCCAUUGAGCAGAGUGUCUACAAGAAGACUGCCAGAGAUCUGACUAAUGAAAUGAGAUCAAACUGUGAAUCACUGAAUGGAAACAGAUCAAAUCUGGAGAAACACAUCCUGAAGACACUGGCAGAAGAGGAGGAUUUUGACAAAUACAUGAACUACAUUAAAACUCCUAGAGAUCACUUCAAAGGUUUCAUCAGAGAUGAAGUCAAACUGUACAUCGAUGAUAAGUUCAGUGUCAGUGUUUUACCCGAGAUGAAGAAGAACGUUGAACUCCUGCAGCAGAAGAUCAUGGAAGCAGCACAUGAAUCUACUAAACAUGUUCAAGAGAAUAAAGGAGAUGUUGGUUUGUGGUUGAAGAGUUUCACACAGCGGCUCUCAGAUGAGCUGAUCUUCUCUGAAAAAGACCUCAGUGGAGUCAAACAUGAUGAUGUUGAUGUGAAACUCCUGGAAGAUGUGAUAAAGAAAGAACUUCCUGAUAUAAUAUCGAACAUCAGCAGAGGAUUCACAAAGACUUUUCCAGAAAAGCUGGAUGAUAAAGAAAGACCAGAUGAGCUUCUGAUUGGUCACUUCUGUCAGUGCUGUUGGGUUCAGUGUCCGUUCUGUAGCGCCGUCUGCACCAACACCAUAGAAAACCAUGAUGGAGAUCACAGCGUUUCUUUCCAUCGAGUGGAUGGAGUUAAUGGAUGGAAAUACCAUCAAACAGAGAAUCUCAGUGCUGAUUUUUGCACAACUUUAGUAACAAGUGAUAAAAGAUUUCGUGUAUCUGAUGUGUGGUUUCCUUGUAAAGAUUACAGAAGCGCAGGAGGAGUUUAUGCGAAGUGGAGCAUCACCCCUGAUCUCUCUGAACUGUCCUACUGGAAAUGGUUUGUGUGCCGAUUCCAGAAACAUCUGGAAAAAUAUUAUAAGAAAACAUUCCAGGGUCAUGGGAAGAUUCCACCUGAAUGGAGAAAUCACACACGACAAGAUGCUAUUCAGAGCUUGGAUAAAUGCUUUGUAUCUAAGUAAUCUCAAUAGCAACCUCUGUGGUGUUGUUCUAUUAUUUUCUUUGUUUUUAAUAUGAUUUUAAUUUUUAAUCACUAAUAAUCAUUAGUCAGUUAUGUAGUUGUCAUUUGAUUUAUCAUA